GCGCCUGUGCGCUGCGGAGUGACUGCGCCGGCCUGAGUCAGAACCGCGCCGCCGCUGCCGAAGCCCGGCUCCCCUCGACGUGUGGGCCGGCACGUCCCACGGUGGCCAACCCCGUCAGACAAGCGGCGGCGACCGCCCCCUCCGACGUCACGCGCGGGAUUCCUACUUAAGCGCCCGCCGCCUCCCCCCGCCUCGCGGUACUGCAGCGGCAAUCGGAGGGCCCGGUCAUUGCGCGCACGCUUUGCUAGACUUACCCAGGUAAGGAAGCGCUCGUGGGAACGAGGCGGGCUGGGCGAGGCGUGCAAAGAGCCCCGCGCCACCUUUUCCCACUUGCACACUCGGGGUAAAGCAAGCCGUCCAAAGAGGACUUUCCCCUGCUGGAUGGGUAGAAGGAGAUCCUCCAAAGCGGUGCUAAGAGACCGGGCGUUUGGCGCGCAAGGAAGGAGAGGCAGAGUCGGUAGGAGGGCAACCCUCUAGGUCGGGGUAAGGCAACUCCGGACGUUGUGGGACCACAUCUCCCAGCAUCCCUGGCUUUUGGCCAUGCCAGCUUGGGCUGAUGCGAGAGUUGUGCGUCUGGAGGGCACCACGUUGGCUACCCGUGAGAAGGUGUGAGAGGAGGAAAUUGGAAUCUCUCCCCGCUUCCCCCGUGUCCCUCUGAAAUGGUUUUGUAGGAAGUGCCCGGGGUGGGGAGAGAAGCAGGCGGUUGUGGUCCUUUUUUGGCCGACUGGUCAUUAUGUAACGCGAGGGGUGGAGGGAGGCGGCUGCAGAAAGGGAUGCUCUGUACAGGUCAGAGAGUCCACUUUGGAGCGGAAAACGCCGACCCCUGGACCCUCAAUAAAUUCGAGCUGUUUUAGGUAUGGAAUUUUUAAAUGGAUUUCCAAUGCCCCGAGGCUUUGGGUGUGUUGGGGUGGAGAGAUGACUGUGCUGGUGAGGAGAGCGGAGUUACUUUCUGAAGACCUGUGGACGCGUCGUAUUUCCUUGCCGCCUCCGCCCUCGGUGCUGCAAUAUCCGCUACAGAGAGGAGGAAAAACGUGGUUUCCGAAAACGGCUGGGUCAUCGCACUGCCGGGAGGAAAUUAAAAAAGGGAGGGGGAUGUCCGAGGAAGGUUGCGCUUUGGGGCCACUAGAACUUCUAAGUCGCUAGUCCAUGGUGAGGUUUGCAGCUCAAGCGCAGCAGAGUUAUUGCUCAGGCUGUUGCACCUUCUUAGCUCCUUUAUUUCCUCCCGGGAGCGGGACUGGCACCGCCCUAUCAAACCCCAGGCGAAGAUCGCGGUGGUAUUCUGUCUCUGACUCAAGUAGUUCUCGUGCCUUUGAGCCGGGAUUCCUCCUUGCCUUUUAUCGCUGGCAACUAAAUCAACCUGACUGCAUUCGGCUUGCACGGAGGAGGAGGAGGAAGUGUGGACGGUUCUCUCCAUUCCCCGCCUGCAUCGCCCCCCUGCCCGACCAUUGAAUAUCUUGCACCGGGAAAACUGGUCAGCACUGGAAUCGGUGCCUCACACGGCCCGCUUCCCGGAAAUUUAAUUGGGAGGGUUAUAAAGUGGUAGCUCAUCUCGGCAGUAGCUGGAUGCGAUCGCGCUUGCAGUCGGUGAUCCCCUUAGGAAGAUAGUGCCGCUUAUGUGGGGGGGGAGGGGGAGGAAGGUAUAUCUGGAUCUGCUGAUCUCUGACGGAUCUGCGUUAGAUCGCCGAGGGUUUCAGGCUGCCCUAACAAAAUGCUUCUCCCCCUUAAAAUAGACAGCUUAGGGGUUUUUUUGCCGGGGGGGGGGGUGUGUACUAAGCAGGAGAGAACUCCUGAGUUCAAGUACUCUGAGUUCAGUUUUGGUUCAGAAAACCAAAUUCUAGACACCUUGUUUUUUUAAAUAUAACUUGUUCGUGCAUGGGCUUUGGCUGAUUAUAUUUUGGUAGAGUGUGUGUGUGUGUGUGUGUGUGUGUGUGUGUGUGUGUGUUUUAAGUAUAUCCGCUAAGUCUGAAAUCUGUCUACCUCCCAAGGCUUAAUACCCUUCCUGGUUAAUAGAAUUGCUACCUAGUUUAAGGGAUGCCGGAAGAAUCCCAGAGAAGAUAACUUGUGUUAGUGAAUCACUUCACUCUUCAGUGAGAAUAGGUGGAGCCAGACAUUGUGUUGUGGGGGAAAUGCCCUUUCCCUCAAUUUGUUGUGACUUCCCAGAUUCUUGCGGAUUUAUUCAGGGUAAUUCUUAGGACUGUGCAGGAAUGCAAACUAUAGGGCCCAAACUACAUAUGCUCAAGUGGGCCACAUGCAUAGUGGAAUGCAGCUUUUGCCAGAUGUUCAGCAAGCAUAGUUGUGCCUCCUCCUUGCAAUGGAAAUAGGUUAAAAUGAGAUGCAAGGUCAGCCAAUUAGCUUCAUUAGGGAGCUGAGAUCUGAGCCCUGGUCAAAGCCUAGCACUCUUGGCUGCACAACAAGGCUGGUCCUGUACAUGGCUAUGACUGUGUGCAGUUAGUUCCAAGCAGGGAGCUGGCAGAAGAACUUAAUGUCUACAGACCUAGCAGUUGGGGCUAAAUUAGGCUUGAAUGUGGAGUGGCUCAAUUCACACAGGAAGUUGAUGUAGUUGCUCCAACACACAAACCAAAUGGCUUAUGUCACACAAGUGUGCAUUUACCACACUGUUACUGAAAAUGCAUUUGGCAGCAUUGUGGUGAUGGCACCAAGUUGUGAAUUUAUUCUCUCUCUCUCUCUCUCUCUCACACACCCAGCUCAUGUGGACGCACAUGGUUCAGUGCAUUCUCAAUGUAAAAGUUUGAUUUUGUGAAUUGGACUCAAGGCCUCAUCUCACCUUUAAAGGCAGUAUCAUACCACUUCAAACAGUCAUGGUUUAUCUCAAAGAACUCAGGAAACUAGUUUGUUAAGGCUGCUGUGAGUUGUUAGGAGACCUAUUCUCACAUAGCCACAACUCCCAGUGGAGGAAACUCUCAUGAUUGCUUAAAGAGGUAUGAUACUUCUUUAAAUGGCUCCAUAAGUGCACUGCUGGUACCAGGUUCUAAUAAUAUUCCGCUUUUUGUCCUGUGUUUGAUCACAGGAACAUGAUUUACCAUAUUUCCCCUUCCUUCUUCCAACAUAUUUAAUUUUUUAAAUCUAGGUGCAUGAUAACCCCCCAUGGCUUUCCUAGCAUCACACAUGCAGAUUCCCUUUGACUUCAGCUUCAUCAGAUACCACCCACAUGCCAGAGCCCUUUCAUGUCAAAAUGUGCCCUUGUGACUGUGGCCCCUACAGGGCAGUGGAAUCAGGUUUCCAUUUUGCUUGUUGAACUAGACAUGCAAAAUCUGCAGGACAAAUUUUUGCCUAUAGAGAUGUGUCUUUCAAUUUCAGGAAAGGUAUCUGAUACUGUAAAAUUGCUGAUCAGAUGAAAGAAUUUACAUUUUCAUUGAACAAUUUGGAGCUUAAUGUGCAUAAUGCAUAUGAAUCUUGCCUGUGCCUCACUCUGAACUGCACUGUUAAUUCACACAAUUAUUGGUAACUAUAAUAAGCAGCUGUUUUUAGUCUAUGGGAAAGUUGCAAGAUCAUUCACUUGGCUACUGCUUCAGAAGUUGUGGUUUUGUUUUGUUGCAAAACUCUGCACAUUGUCUCCAAAUACUUACUGAUCGCUCAAUGUCUCCAAAUACUUACUGAUCACCAAACUGGAGUGCUGAUGAUCACGGUGGAGAGAGAGUGCUUGCCUUGAUUUGCUCUUUAACCACCAAGUGAACAGCUGCAUAUAGUAGCAACAAAAAGACCUACAGUAACUCUGAUUCAAUAUAUUCAGUAGGGAUGCUCAGUAUUUCCACAUUUGCAGUAGCAUCAUUGCUGCUAAGAGCAGAGUGCUGCAUACCAGAUGACACUGAAGUGAUGCACCCAGGAGAGAUCAGACUUUUUGGUUUUUCCCCCUUGCAGUUGUUCUACAUGGGGCAGCUUUGAAUGCAGGAAUUGUCAUAAUUUUGGACUACAGGUGUAUGGCUGACUAUCCCAUGAGCUUUGGAAGCCCAUCUUUUAAUGACUGGUUCUGAGAUGUGUCACCCUAGCUCCUUGCUGUCAGUGUUCCAGAAUCUACAUUCCACAUUCUUCUCUCAAACUCUGCCCACCAAUAUAUCCCUUCAAUGUGCCCUCCCUCAUCAGUCCUGUUGGGCAUCUUUCCUCCUCUUCAGCAGCCUUCUCCCACCAAGCAGGUGUGCCUUUAUGCCACUACAUCACACACUUGCUUGCGCCAUACUCCCUCCCCCAGUUUGGUUCACCAACUUUAAAUUGAGAUGGCAAUGGCUUGUUGCAGAUUUUGAUUCAGAACUGCCUGACAGUCUUAAUUGCAAAGUUUAACAUCAUGAAAUGUCCCUUCAUUCCAGCAACACUGGCUACUAAUCUGCUAUAUUGACCCCUUUAUUUUCACUUUUGUGCUCUUGCAUUGGCAGGCAUGCACCCCUACCCCUUGUUGGUACUACCCAAGUUUUUUAUAUUCCUGACUUGCUACUAGCUUCUAGCUCUGGACUCUGGCCCAAUGUGAUAUCCAGAAUCAACCUUUGUCCUCCUGGGGAUUUUCACCUGCCAUGCUGCCAGUUUUCAGUCCAAGCCUCAUUGUCUCUUGUCACCUACACCAUUUCCAGAGUUGUUGUGGCCACAACAUCAGAGUUUGGAACAUCAGAGUAUGGCAUAAUAUUUCAUGAUUUUUAUAUGCUGUCUAAUAUUUUAUGGUUUUUAUAUGCUGUUCUCUCCCAAGACAGCUUUUAACAUUAAACAAAGCAAAACAUAACAUACAUCUUUAAGAAAUAAAAUAAAAACUUUAAGACAAGCAUAUAGAACAAGAGCAAAGUGUUUCACUACUUCCGAGUGAGUCAGUCAGUCAGUCGCAUCUUUUAGUUCUCAAUCACAUCCUGGGUAGACUUUGUGCCUGAAAGCAUACUGAUCAAACAGACAAGAUGUUUUGUUGCACAAUGCACUGAGCUUGCAAGAUCCUUUGAUAAGAUACUGUGUGGUUUUGUGUUGACUGUGUACAUUAGCAUUCCACUUCUUGAAAACCUCUGUCUCUCACCUGCAAUGACCCUGCCAAAUUUUCUAAUGUGUAUUUGGGGGGGAAAUGAUACAUAUGUGCCAACAGUGGGUUGGAUCCACACCCAAAUUAGUCAAUUGAACUUGGAUCCCAUGUAAAUCAAUGGGCAAUUUACUCAUGACUUUGUUCCCAUUGUGAAAACAGAAGAAUCUGCUAAAAUUCAAAUACUGCAAUAACAAUUAAAGCAAAAUCAAGGUUCUUGCAAAUGUGCAGAGUAAACUCUGUGGUGUGUGUAUCUUAGUGAUGGGAUCCAUCUUUGAAAUGGACUGUGUUAACUUAUCAUCACAGCACAAUUCAGCAAGUGAUGAAAAUGAGUUGAUUGUAUUCUUAUGUUUCCUCCCACAGAGCUACAAGAUGUCUCUCAAGGAAAAGCUGAUUGAAAAUGUUCACAAAGAGGAACACCCUCAUGCCCACAACAAGAUCACUGUGGUUGGGGUUGGUGCAGUUGGCAUGGCUUGUGCCAUAAGCAUUUUGAUGAAGGUAGGUAAAAUCUGUGUUUCGUGGGGCAAGAUCUGUGGUCUUGCCUUUUCGUUUAACAAUAUUUUAGCUGUUUAUUUGCAUUGCUGUUGUCAGGGGUUCAGGGACAGAGGCACAGGGUAGGGAGGAGAUGGAGAGCGAUGGGGAUGAAUCCCAGGACAGCGAGGAAGAGGAUGACAAUGACUCAAGAGAUUCCAUGAGUCUUUCCAGCGAAUCAGAGGAUUCCCAGAAGGGGGCGCCAGUGGUCAAGGCCAGGGGAGCCCCAGGGGGGACGUGUCAGGAACAGGGGGCCAGCAGGGGAUCCCAAAGUGGCAGCUGGGCGUCAGGACCAGCCUCCCCACCAGAGUGCAGCGAAGGGGGUGGAGUUUCCAGUGUCUCAGGGAAGCAGCUCCGGCAGCAGAGAAGGGAGGGAGGUCAGAGCAAGCCACCCUCCCGGAAGGGGAGGGAGUAGUGAAGGGAGUAGUGUAACUGUCAAAAGGAAAGUUAGAGGUUGGGCGCGCGCGCAAGUUCAAAUGUAGAGCGCGCGGAAGUACAGGGAGCCCGGAGGAAGGGCCAGGUCCUAAAGCCCGCAGGAGGGGGGAGAGCAGUCGGGGGAUAGCGCGUCAGGGGAAUCCAGGAGGGGCGAAACCCCAGCGGGCAGGAAGACCCUGAGGAAAAGGAAAGAGAGAAAGAGGUGGAGCAGCGCAAGGCUCUUAAACUGGUGCAGGGGAGGGACUGACUCAGAGGGGACUUCAACGGUCUAAGCGUACAGACGUGAGGCUGCGCGCCUCGGAUAUGAAGCAAACAAUGAACUGCAAUAAACACUUUUGAAUAUAAGAAGAGAUUGGCGUUGGUCUUUUGUGAGCUGAGACCUGAGGCAGCCUUGACAGCUGUGUUUUGAGGUUUUUUGUUGUUGUUCUUAACCGAAUUUAAUGUAAGUCAUUUUGUGCUACUUUGUAAGAAAAGUAAUGAACAAACACAAUAAUGCUAAAUUUGUGUAUUGCUAUGUCUUUCUGUAAAAAUAAAAUGUUCUAUAAAGCACAGGUAGAGGUGUUUUCAUAGACAGUCAAGUAUGUUUCCAUAAACUCAGUUUGUGAAUACAAAUCCUAACAGUGCAGCCUAUGCAUACCUAUUCAGAAAUAAGUCCAUUGGCUUCAACGGGACAUACUCCAAGAUCAGUGUAUUUACGAUUGCACUGCACACCUCAGAUCUGAUCAAAAUAUCAGCAUUAGUUUACUGUAACCAUGCGCUUAAUUCAUUUUGAUCCUCCAGACCAGGGGUCGGCAACGUGUGGCCCACAAACACUGUUUUACCGGCCCAAGAGCUACCCCUGAACCUAGCCACCCUCUUGGUGAAUCCCCCGUGUGCUAAACUGUGGGGACGCUGAGCGGCGGCGGAAAUUGCGUCUGCAGGUGCGAUUUUCGGUGUCUGGACAUGCGCAGACACAAUUUCCAGUGUUGUGCUGUGCCAGUCCAGCCCACGGAUGAUCUCUGUGGGAGUGAUCUGGCCCAUGGCUGGUAAACCUUGCCAACCCCUGCUCCAGACCAAACACUCCCCACAGCCAUGUAUAGUGGUUUAUCAGGAGCUCUACAAAGCUCCCUAGUUUUGCUGUCUGCUGGGGACUGUUUAUUUUUAUUAUUAUCAAGGCCUUGGCAGGGCCUGGUGGGCUGCAAUUUGUCUUGGUGUAUGUCUGCUUGUCCAGGCCUUCCCAGAACCACAAAAUUCAGGUCUCUAAAAAAGCCAGUGGGUUGAUCUAUCUGUUCUUGGCUUUUUGUAGGAUUUGGCUGAUGAACUUGCCCUCGUUGAUGUCAUGGAGGACAAGCUGAAGGGAGAGAUGUUGGACCUUCAGCAUGGCAGCCUCUUUCUCAGAACACCAAAAAUUGUCUCUGGCAAAGGUUAGUAUUUCCCUGUCCUCUAUGUACAGACCAUCUAUUUCAGAUGCUACAUAGCAAGGCAACAUCCAGUAGUUUCUCUGGGAGGGAAGCCUCUGUGCCUCUGGAAGUAGAGGUGACUUCUCUUGCCUCAGACAAGACCAAAGUUGUGGAAUGUCAAUCUUUAAAGAGUUUUCACUAUGGCAAUGAUGACUUGAAGGCAGCUGGGUUAACCAGCAGCUGACCUGCACAGAUUUAUACAGACAGCAUUGGAGAGUUGGUGGUGUGGAUAAAGGCUUUUUCGUGUGGUUUAAGUUGCAUUACUUUGAAAAGCAGCAUGGUUUGAUAAAGUUAGCAAUGAGCAUCAAACUUAUGAUACCACAAGGAUAGAAAAGGCUAUUUAUAUUAACCAGGAAUUUGGUCAUCACUGUUUCCUUCUGCUGGCUGAGGUGGCCUGCUCUUCUGUCCAUUUCCCUCCCUACAAAUGCUCACCCUUUGACAGGUCUGCUUGGCAGAGCUUAGAACAAAUAUAAGGGAAGCCUGUUUUUGCUUCUUUUGGUGCAGCAAAUACUAUCAAUAGGGGAGUGUUGAGAGAAUUGGAUUAUGGGUGCAGUCCUAAGAUUCCUGGGAGGAUGUCUUGGGGCCAUAGAAUAGGCAAGAUCUACCCAUCUGACACCAGAGACUCAGAAUCCCAACAGUUGAGAGGUGUAGGUGGUUUUGGAGCAUGCCUCCUCACUGCUGCAAGUAUCUCCUAAGCCUAGGUAGGGUCCCAGAGGAGGCCCCUGGAAGCAGCUAGGAUGCAGAAUUCUCCUGGCCCUGCAAAGUGGGCAAAAAAUUAGUCACACUCUUAAGCAGUCUGUUACUUCCAGUGUGAGUGAUAACAUUAAAGCAGACACAUUUAAAGCCGAAAAAGGAUCAUGAGCCUAGCAGGGCUUUGGAUAAAGUGCCUUCAGUAUAGCACUGUUAAUGAAUUUACACUGGGUUUAUUAUAUUUUUAGGUUUGAACAUAUCAAUGUUAUGAGACAAGCAACAAAUGAAUUUUGACAAAUAUGCUGAUAACUAAAAAAACAAACACACACACACACACACACACACACACACACACACACACAGAAGCAAUAACAACUGGGUGUCCCUUUUUGUUGAGUCCUCACUCCUAGUCUAAAACGAAGUAUUGCAAGAUUCCAAGCCAGUUCUUGCAUGCUGUGGCCAUUGCUUCUAGUAGUAUGUGGGGUUGUUAGACUCAGCCAGGCUGGAAUUUCUAAUAUGUUGUUUGUAUGAUAAAUGAAUAGCCUGAUUCCUCUGGUAGUGCUGGCUCGGGGUCAAUAAGGCUUCUCAGGCCAGGAAGAGAUGAGAGGUGUAGAGAAGGGCAUGUGAAUUGACUUCCCUUAGUCUUUUUACACUCCUUUAGAAAGUCAUCAUCUAGAGAUGAUGCCUGAACAAAAAACCCUGGGAACAGGCUUUUCAGCCUUGGGAAGGUCUAUGAUAGAGCAAGUUGAACAACUGGCUGUAGUGUAAGAGACCAGAUACCAAAUAAAUUGAAUCCUUGUCAAUCAAAAGCACAAAGCAGUGGAGCUACAGUGUAGAGAAGUGUAUUGUUGCUUUGCUAAAACUGCUGCUCUAAAACUGGCAGACAAGAGCUCUUCUUUGCUUCAUUUCCCGACCACAGUCCUUUCCUGACCACAGUCCUUCGAUAAAAUUUUAAAUAGCACUUAAUGGAUCGGCAAAGGGCAUUUUUUCCCUGCUCCCAGUGGUCAAAUUGGAGAGCUUAGUCAUGGUUUCCCCUUCCAUUCUCUUUUCAGAGCAAUACCAUCUGAAAACAGUAGCUCCAGAAGGGGCCUGGGCUUUGCAGAAAAGUGGCUUGAUUUUUUGUCUUAUGUUUCUAAACAGGGUCUAAUUGAAAGCAAAAUUACAUACAUAUAAAACAUUUAAUCCUUUUUAAGGGAGAAGUAGCAGUAGAAUUAUGAUGGCAAUAAGGGGUGUCUGAAGUCAUAGCAGCUGCUCUUACAUCCAGAUGAACAAAGGUGAUUUAGUACAAGCAGCUAUUUUACUGUUAGUUUCCAAAACACUCUAAGCUAACACUUGGAAGUACACAGCCGGUUUCUUACAGAGCAAUCAUUAGGACUUCAGGUUCUCUGAAGCACAAAUUCCCUUUAUUCAGCUCAUAAAUCUGCCUCAAAGGUGUCCUUCUGCUCCUGUGGGCCCAAUUAUUCCUCUCUUCCAGUCUGGAAUUGUAACAUGCAUUAUGAAAUUUAUUUUGAACAAACAAAUGUGUUUAUUUUUGCAGACUAUGCUGUGACUGCACACUCCAAGCUGGUCAUCAUCACUGCUGGAGCCCGCCAGCAAGAAGGCGAGUCUCGCCUUAACUUGGUUCAGCGCAACGUGAACAUCUUCAAAUUCAUCAUUCCCAGCAUUGUCAAGUACAGCCCUGACUGCAAGCUGCUUGUUGUUUCAAAUCCAGGUUGGUUGUGUCCUAUUCUUAACUGCUUAUGGACCAUAAUUCACCCUCCAGUCCUUUGAAAGGAGAAAUUGCUUGCUUCCAAGAAGGAAAUCGGGGAAUCCUGAAAGCAUUCCAAGUUUUCCCUUGGCCAUGAAAAGGAAAAUAUCUAUUCCACCAGGACAUCAUGGUUUAACUCUUAAGUUUCAAUUCUGAAGUGGGACCUGCAACUAAAUAUUGUCCCAUGGAGUGCUCCUGCUCAGGGUUCCAUUCAGCCAUGCCCUUUCCCAGAACACUCCAUUCUCUUACCUCUUUCCAUGUCCCCACUGUAUCUACUCAGCAGCCAAUCAUCAUUCCAUGCCCACUGAUGAUGCUGUCUUUCAUUGGGCUGUUACAGGUCACAUCCUUCCUUUUCUAAAGAUUUCAUGGACUUCCGGGUUCCAUAAACUUGCUCAUAACUCCUUUUUGAGUGUGGGUGGUGCUGUUUUGGCUAUAUAAGGAUCUUCAUUUGAAGAACGAUUUUGCUAUCUAGUAUCUACGAUGAUUGGAACUAUGGUGGUGACAAUCGUGGCUAGGGUCUGUUAAGAGAUCACAUCAUUCCACUGUCUCAUGGGAAAUACAGCAGUACUUCCAUGUUUGACUGUUAGGGUGCAGUCUACAGGAAACACCUAACUUUUCCCCAUGUAAAACGAGGUGCUGUGCCUAGUACCUAGCUGAUAGCUCAUUUACACUAUUACUCUCUGUGACAACACACUUGCACACUCUUCUCUGAUCUAUUUACACAGUGGCUGCAUUCAGAUGCCCUGGUAAAUCAUGGUGGAUGGACCAUAGCUCAGUGUUGAAGUGUGUGUUCCUAACAUAGGAAAGUCGAAGGUUCAAACCCUGACAUCUCCAGAUAGAACCAAGAAAGAUUCCUUGGCAAUGCCAAGCUGGAUGGACCAUGGCCCCAACUCUGUAAGGCAGCUCUUGAAUUCCUAUGAGCCCUGGGGUCAUGUUCCCACACCCAGCCCUUGUGGCUAUGAGGUUGGAAGCUUUCUUUUUGAUGGGUUCAGAAGAACAAAUAAACUGUAGUUAAUAAGGAAGUGAAAGCUUCAAAACUCAUCCUCAGGGCUGGAGAAGAUGGGAACAGGUGCAAGCCCAAGGCUCUCCUAGUCUUGCUUUGACCCCAGUAAGCCAUAGCUUACCAUGAUGUCUGGAUGCAGAAGUUCAGGAAGUUAAACUAGAGACUUUGGCAAAAGGAAAGAGCUUUGGUUGCUCUGCUGGGUAAGAGCUUGGGGAGGUGUUGGGAUACUUGCAAGAUGCUAUGUCCUGCUUCAGUCAUGCCUGCAUGCCCUGGUCCCAAGUGAGAUAUCGCUCCCUGUGUCCUCUGUAAGACACAGAUAAUUCUGGAUCGGUGCUGUUAACUCACAGGGGACAUCUACUAGGAAAGUCAGAACCAUAGUACAGAACCAUCACUCUUGCCUGAGCACCUCGUAUUAAAAUGAGAGGAUUGUAAAGAAGCUCCUCAAUAUUCCCUCUGCCCUUUAACUGCUGCCUGGAGCCAGGAUGGUUUUGGCAUUUCAUCAUUAAGGUAGCCUUGUGUAGAACAGAUGAAAUUAAACAGCCUCUCUUUGUGGAGAAGGAUUGCAGAUUCCCAGUGCUCUUGAAGCUUGUCUGUCUUUAAUAGUGCAUAUGACAAUCACUUUCUAACCAGAUGACUUUGCUUGUUGACAGUGGAUAUUCUGACCUAUGUGGCCUGGAAGAUCAGUGGCUUCCCUAAGCACCGUGUGAUUGGAAGUGGUUGCAAUCUGGAUUCUGCCCGUUUCCGCCACCUGAUGGGCGAGAGGCUGGGCAUCCACCCUCUCAGCUGCCAUGGCUGGAUUGUUGGAGAGCAUGGAGACUCCAGUGGUAAGCAUGACACGCAAUCCAUUUGCUACCCAACUCACAAAGGAAACAGACUGUUGCAUUCUGACUUCCUUCAUGUUCUUGGAAGAUGAGUGGGAUUGGAAUAUACUGAUGGUAACGGUACCUGGUGAAAAGGAGAGCAGCAGAGCAUUUCCCAGAUCUACCUCUUGAACGUAGAAUCAUAGAGUUAGAAGGAACCUUUGAGUAAUUUAGGCUAAGUCCCCUGCUUAAUGCUGGAUCCUCCAAUGCAGGGUGCAUGUACAGCAUCCCUGAUAAAGAACCAUCCAUUGUCUACUUAAAUGCCUGCAAUGAAGGAGAGCCCAUCGCCUCCAAAGGCAGUGUUCCAUUGCUGAGGAAUUCUUAUCAUUAGGAAGCAUCUCCUAACACUGGGUUAGGUAAAAUAGUUUUCUCUGGACGUUGCUGAACUACAGCUCUUAUCAUUGACCAUGAUGGGCUGAUGGGGAGUUGGAAUCCAACAAAUGACAGCUUUUUGGAAAUUUGAAGACUGCUAUAGAAUCGUUGACCACAUCAGACUUAGGUGCUGGGCAAACCCACAGAGAGGUUUCCAUACUCUUCCCUCUGUAUGGAAGUUAGGAAUAUAAUCUAGCUGUCCCUACUGCAUGAAGUAACACUAGAUGGUCUAUAUUUGACUUGAGCGGCUCUGUUGCAAAAGGUCAGCUUUGUAAUCCAAGUAGGCCAAACCCUACCAGGCUAAAUUCUACCCUUUACUCCUAACUGGGGAGUUCACAGUAAAUCCUUUUCAUGUCAGAGACCCUUGCAUGCUGGUUUCAGUAAAGCAGUUACAAGUUAUUUGUCUCGGCCCCUCUGUCAUCCUAUAUUUGGGAGUUGUGUGAUCUCAUACAGCCCUGCACCAAUACUGCCACUAGAAUUCUGCUUUGAUGCAUAAACUCAGAUUCUACUGUACUACUACUCUAUCCCAUCUCACAGCAGUGAAUAUAAACACAAUCCCCUCUGACCUCCCGAGUGCACUGUUCUUAGGUUUCUCUCCCUCUCCGACACCCCAAGCCAAUUGGUGGUGGUGGGGAGGUAGAGGGGAAAGCCACAGUGCGCUAGCACAAGUCCUUGCACGAGCUUCCAUUAGCAGGCUUCAUUACUUGAAUCUGGCCCUCAGCUGUGUACUUUGCUGCUUGCUUGCCUUAGGUGAGCAGCUGCUGCUGCCACACUCAUCCUUGAAUGACAGAUUAUAUGCAGUACAUGGUUGCCAAGCCCUGUGUGUGUGGUCACAGCACUUUUGCAGUCUUUCUUCUGCCCCAAGGGCUAUGGACCAUUUUAGGAAGAUGUGUGUGCAUAGCCACAGCAGGAUGAAAACCCACCCUUUUUCCUGGGUUUAUGAGUUAAAAGGAACAGGUCAGUGGCUAAUCCAACAUGGAUGAGCACAAGGAUCCAUCUCCACUGCCUGUUAGCCAAAGUUUAAGGGGAAGGUAUGUGUGCGUAGCAAGAUUCUUAGUAAUUAUAAAACUGUACUUGGUACAUCGUUCUACAUUAACUGCUCAGCUGAGAUCUGUUCGAAACACUUGUGAAUCUUACUUUCUGUGAGGUUGGAAAAUGUUCUAGAUUGCUCAGAAAAAUCUCCUGCAUUUUAUUCAGUGCCUGUCUGGAGUGGCGUGAAUGUUGCUGGCGUCUCUUUGAAAACUUUGCAUCCAGACAUGGGGUCUGAUAGUGACAAGGAGAACUGGAAAGAAGUCCACAAGCAUGUGGUAGAAAGGUAAUCUUUAUCUCGUCUCUGCGUGAGAGAGGAAAUGGGGUUCCACUGAGCUUCCAGAAAUUGCAUCUAUCUCAUUUUCAAGGAUGCCACAGCCUACAUUGCUCAACAAGGUCCCCUAACCCUUAACGUAGCAUUUUUGCCCCAUGACAUGCACUUAACUUGGGCCCAAACCCCUUCGUUUUCCCACAAUAUAAUCUCCAGUUGUCUAGUUUUUAAGAAAUAUUGAUUUAGAGUGCUGUUUAUGGUGCCAGAUUACUGAAGGGUGCUUUUCCAAUGUUGGAAACCACUGUUCAGCAGUUAAUUUCCCUUUGUUGAUAGAUACUAUAUAGCAAUCACUAUAUUGUGCACUGUGGAAUUUGAAUGUGUUUUGAAAGCGAAAUAAAGUAAAUUGUGCAUACAUUUCACAUUCCUGAAGGACUGAUCCAUUUACAAACUGCCCUGGUUUACGUAACAUGCUAGGUAAUAGUUAAUGUUAAUGUUUAACUACCAUUAAAUGUGAAUUAGCAGCUUGUUAGUGUAGGCGUUCAGAAAUCCAGAUAGCUUCACUCUCAUUCUUGCUUGCGCUACAUGCAACAACCACAAGCUGUGGCUUGUUGUGCCAUAUAAUCUGAACCCUGGUUUUCAUCUUUCUAAAGAAACCAUUGUCUAACUUUGCUUAGACAACCUGACAAGCCAAGGCCUAGUAGCUUCUCUUCUUGCCCCCACCCCUAAAUGAUGUGGCUAGGAAAGGAGAAGGAACAAAGCAAGGACUUUGAGCAUGCUGCUCAUUUGUAUUUAAUGUUUAAAUAUUAACUAUGGCUUGACAAAACGUGCAAGCAAAGCUACUCCAUGCAGGCACCAGCAUCUCUACAGGGGAAGGCUAGUAGCUUGCUUGUAAAAAUAAUAAAUUAAUAGAUCUAAUGCCUGCAACAGAUGCCGUUUGGAGAUAGAGGAUAAGUAGGCUCAGAUGGACUUCACCUGAAGUAUAGAUGGACUAUGCUGUUGCUUAAUAGACAUGACUCUUUUUAAGAAAUGUUUUUUUGCUGAAAGAUUCAAUUCUUUUAAUGUUCUCCCGCAGUGCUUAUGAGGUUAUCAAGCUGAAGGGAUACACAUCUUGGGCAAUUGGUCUUUCUGUGGCUGAUCUAGCUGAAACUCUCAUGAAGAAUUUAAGGAGAGUGCAUCCAGUUUCUACAAUGGUGAAGGUAAAACACGUUCAGUGUCAAAUGCUAAGGUGUUUUCUUAUUAUUACUGUGCUGUAUGCAUAGUCAAGCUAACAGAGGCAGUACAGUGGUGCCUCGCAAGACGAAAUUAAUUCGUUCCGCGAGUUUUGUCAUCUUGCGAUUUUUUUCGUCUUGCGAAGCACGGUGUCGGGAAAGUUUUGGAAAAGCUUCAAAAAUCACCAAAGUCUUUAAAAACCUCAAAAAAGGCUACCACACCGCGUUCUAUGAGUUGCUCCUCGAAGUCAAGUCGCAACUGUAUUAACAGUGUUAAGAAAAAAGAAACAAACUUGCAAGAUGUUUUCGUCUUGCGAAGCAAGCCCAUAGCGAAAAUCGUCUUGCGAAGCAGCUCAAAAAACAAAAAACCCUUUCGUCUAGCGAGUUUUUUGUCUUGCGAGGCAUUCGUCUUGCGAGGUACCACUGUAGCUGCCAAUGUAAAUGAGUGCUUUAAAUAAGGAACAGAUCUCCCUGCAAGGAUGGCGCUUUCUCCCCCUUCCCACUAAUGGGGAAAGCAUUUAUUACAUGCAAAUCAACACAUUAUUUAAUUGGCUUAAGUCUUUCUUUUUACUGUUCUUUCUAGGGCAUGCAUGGAAUUAAAGAUGACGUCUUCCUUAGUGUUCCUUGUGUCCUGGGCUACUCAGGAAUUACCGAUGUGGUGAAAAUGACCCUGAAGAGCGAAGAGGAAGACAAGUUGAGGAAGAGUGCAGAUACACUCUGGGGGAUCCAGAAGGAACUUCAGUUUUAAGCCUGAUGUCCUAUCACUUCACCGCUUAACUAGUGUUUAAUGGGUCUUAGUGGAUUGUCUUGUUGCACUUUUCAGAUAGAUCAACUCCCUGUACGAUGUGUGUCAACUACCAACACAAUGCAGAGCUAAAUUUGCAAAUGAAAUGCCUAUUUUAUCCAGUAGGAAACUUGCAGCUCCUGUUUACCACAACCCCGGUCUGUGGCCAGAACUGGAAGAACCUAGUCUCUUGUUAAGUGGUGUAAAAGUAGAUCCAGCAUGCUCUGAAACAACACUGCCAAAUGGAAGCUUCCUGCCUUUCCUCAGCUAAACUUUAGUCACUCAGAAGAGAAGAGCUCAAUUGGUCUUCCAAAAGCUGUAGAAAACCAAAGAAUAUUUUGUGAUCAAAAAGGAUUGGCAGAUUCACUGACCAAUAUUCUCUGCUUAACAGAUGACUUAAAUCUCCAGUAUUGAGCAGUUGUAAUGUCCUUUUUCCUUAGUCUUUGUGCAUACUUUUCAAGAGAACCAUGUGUACUCUAGAGGAGUGUCUUAAAUGUUAUGUAAAAAAAACCUCUGUAUGCAACAAUUACAACUGAUGCAAUUGUCUAACUGUAGUACCAGCCCAAGCAACAAAAUAAACAGUUAACUGCUACUUCUCCGUGUCUAUAUGGUCGGCCGUAAACAUGACUAAUCUUCAGAGACAUGCACCCUUUAUUGCCAUGUAAGCCAGGGUGGGCAGAGAACAGAUCUGUAUUAUUUAAAGUAAAUCAACAAGGAUUAAUGACUCCUUCCCGCUCCCAAAUACCACUAAAAUGAAAAUCAGAGGGUGCAGGUUAUCCAACAGUGCAUUAUUGUAAUGGUCCCUAAGACUAAAAUCUGAUCAAAUGGACAAUGUGCCCUAUAACUGACUAAACUAGCAAUGUUAUUGUGAAUAGGGGGGACUGAUAACUGAUCUACAAUUCUAAGCAUACAUAGUCCCCCUGAACAAAAUGGGCCUUAUUUCUUCUGUGUAAGUAUGCAGAGGAUGAGACUAGAAAACACACACACAUUUUAUCCCAACCUGCUACUAACUUCUAUGCUUUUAUUAUAAAUUAAUCUUGAAAGUACACGUAUGAAGUUUCCAGCUACAUUCUACAUUAGACAAACUUGAGACUACAGCAGUGGCAUUCGUUACACAAAUGUCUGUAGCACCCCCAAAAAAGUGUUAACACAACAAAUUUUAUUUAGCCAUCAGCCCACAAAUGCAAAAGGUUUACAGAGAAUAGAAAGUGCAUUAAUAAAGCUAGUCCUUACCAAAAAAAGAAAAAAAAAGAAAAUAUAUUAUCCAUUCAAAAUAUUUUACAAGUUGAAUGAUGUAAUAACUUAUUCUGGCCACUUACUGAUUAAAAGGAAAAAAUAAAUGAGGAUAUGACC